GUAUAUCUACAUGAGGCUUCAUCGCAAGAAGCCGCCCCAGCGGGGCCCAGGAAACCGUUUUUCGAGAGGCUCCGUAGACUGGAGGAGCAGGCAAGUAUCCCCCUGACGUGGCGCAGUCGGGUUUUUAAAUUGGCAGCAGCUGGAAGACGGAUGUUACAGAAACAGAGCGGUAAACAUCAGGGCUUGGAGGACACGGACAUGGCGUGUGACGCUCUUUCCAUCCGUGAACGUUAUUUCACCUGCAGUUGGACACCAGGGAAAAGCUGAGCUGGGUUCACACCAGACACAAGCCUCAUAACGUGUGGGGGUCAAGAGCUGGGCUCCGCUCACACCGGACGCAAAAGCCUCUUAUCACGUGGGGGUCAGGUGGGGCCAGAGGCUAGAAGGGGGUCUGGAAGCGAGUCAGGGUAACUGGGGCCAUGGGAGCCAGGCAGUGUCAUGGGGAGUGGAAAGUGGGAGGUCACAGGUCCACCUUGAGGCAGAGGGUGUGGACGGCCUCCCGGACUCCCACGCGGGGUCCUCGGACAGUUCCGGAGUGCUUGGUGCCUGGCGGGCCUGCGCCGGUUCCGGAGAUUCCAGGCAGUGACCUUGACGCACCUGCAGAGCGUCGCCAGCAACUACAACGUGUCCUACAACGUUGAUGUCCGGUUCCGCAGCCUGGCGGAAGAGAGCCAGGCCGUGGCUCAGGCGGUCAACCAGUCACAGGCUGUGGUGCAGGGGGAGCUGGUGCAGCUCAAGGCCUGGGUGAGGAAGCUGCAGCGCCGAAGCCGGAAGAUAGACAUGCGGCUCCGGGCCUUGGACCUCGCCCUGGGCGAGAGGAGCCAGCAGCAGGCCCAGGAGAGGAAGGCGCACGAGGCCCAGGGGGACGCCCUGCAGGACUCACUGGCACGCCUGGAGGGCCUCGUCCACAGUCAGGGCGCCAGGCUGGCUGCUUUGGAGGGGUGGCUGCCCGUGGCCCACCCUGGCAUCACAGCCUUGGGGCCGGCCCUCGUCCCAGCCCCAACCCAGCCUGGUCUGCUGGGCCCAAGCUCCCUGAAGCUUCAGAGGGACAGGCAGGAGCUCCAAGCUGCAUCCGAGCACAGGGGCCCCCGGCAAGACUCCUCGGCCCCUCGCCAGGGCACUCAGGAGCCCCCAGGCUCAGGCAGCCAUCGGGUACUCAGUGGGACUGCCACGGCCCCAAAAGAUCCUCCACGGCAGGCAUGGUCCCCCCGGGGGCCAGGAGAGAUUUGCGGCGUGGGCCCCACCCUCGUUUUUCCGAACGCCUCCACCAAGAACGUGGUGUUCCUCAGCCCCGGCUUCGUCACUGCCCUGCGAGCCGUGUCCUUCUGCAGCUGGGUCCGCACGGCGUCGGGCCGCCUGGGCACCCUCCUGUCCUACGCCACCGAGGACAAUGACAACAAGCUGGUGCUGCACGGCCGAGACUCCCUGCUGCCCGGAUCCAUCCACUUCGUGAUCGGGGACCCGGCCUUCAGGGAAUUGCCCCUGCAGCCGCUGCUGGACGGCCAGUGGCACCACAUCUGUGUCAUCUGGACAUCCACUCAGGGCAGGUACUGGCUCCACGUGGAUCGCAGGCUGGUGGCCACCGGCUCCCGCUUCAGGGAAGGCUACGAGAUCCCCCCUGGAGGGUCCCUGGUGCUGGGCCAGGAACAAGACAGCGUGGGGGGCGGGUUCGACAGCUCCGAGGCCUUCGUGGGGAGCAUGUCUGGCUUGGCUAUCUGGGAUCGGGCGCUGGUUCCCGGGGAAGUUGCAAACCUUGCCACUGGGAAAGAGUUCCCAGCAGGUGCUAUCCUGACGCUGGCCAAUGCUGCACUGGCAGGCGGAUUCGUGCAGAGGGCCAACUGCACCUGUCUGGAGCGCUGUCCCUGAGGCCAAGCCGCACAGGGGCCGAGGCCAGCGAGAGGAGCGUGCUCCCAUCCACGUUCCGCCAUCGCCCCCUCCCCCAGCACAUUCCACAAAGGCCACCCCACCCGCCCUGGCUGUGCAUACCUGCGCCCUCACAUAGGGGUGCCCGUUCCAUCCUGGGGAGUGGGGAGGUGAACAGGGAGCGAGCAGGGACACAGCAAGCCUGGGGUCAAGGUGGCCCACAAGCCCAUGUUUCUUCUACCACCAUGGAGUUCUUACUUCCUGCACUUUCUUCCUUUCUUUUCUUUUCUUUUCUUU